UAUAUUUAGGCUACACAGUGGUUGAAAAAAUGCGAAUAAAGAUCAGAUUUCUCGGAGUUUUCCAGAUGCUCCUUUGUCAUUUACUGGAUUUAAUCCAACAGUUUCUCAGUAUAUUGACGUCCUGCUGCAGGCGAUCUUAUGCACGUCACUUUUGCGGGCAAAAGUCAAGCUGCAAGUAAAAAUGCGAGAUAAGGGAUCAACUUUCUUCGGCUCAUGGCUAGGGCAGAUGGACAUUUCAUCGACCUGCAGGGCGUCCUGGUGUCCCCAAGGUGAUAUUGCCAUGGCAAAUAUAAACAUUGUAUGGAAGCAUGCACGGUUGUCAUGGUAACCGUCCGGGCAGGAAGCAGAAAAAAGCGACUCUGAACAGUGGUCUGGCCAGGUUUGUUUACCAUUAUUCAACGCGAUCUCUCUCUUUAUUCCUACGUUAUGUUUUGAGUGAGUUGUUUUCAUUCAUCUGUAACACCUCUCAUUGAUUAUUUAUUGAGUUGUCACUUGUGUGACUGUAGUUUCUGUAGUUUUCUUUGAGCGCCUAGGUAUCUAGGUACGCUUGUAGGGGAAACCGGGGCUUAUUGUCACACAUUUUAUACUCUUGUUUGUUUCUUGCAAUCAAUACAUCUAAACAAAAUGUGUACCAGAUGAAAGACCAAAGUCUCAGGUAUAUAUUUCGUAUUCAUGUCAUUUUCAUAUCAUGUAUCAGUGCAGAGUUAUAAGCAAUCAAAUAGAGAGUGUGAACAUGUGACAUCUUGCCCCACCAUCGGGUAAGUUGUCUCACUAUAUGGGGUAAGAUGUCACAGUGGAUUUUGCAGCACAAAAUUAUUGUUCUCAUUUUUUUUUUUUACCUCAAAGUGAACAUCAAAGUCAGGCACAGAAAAUUUUUAUCAUUGAGCUAGAACAAAAGUAAUUGAACAUAGUUAUUGAGCAAAUGUUAACAUAAAACAUUAUGCAACAUGCUCUGGAGUUUGGAGAGCUGUCUGACUCUGUAUUUCAGCUUGAAGUGAAUGUUUUACAGUACCAAGCCAAGGUAUGGUAGUUAACAUUAAGGUCCUUUAUUGUACUCCAGAUUGAUUUAUUGGCUAGGAUCACCUGCCUGACUGCCCUCAGCAUCACGUCAGGAACUGCACUACCAUGUUCUGUUUUUCUUUUGUAGUUCCUGACCAUGUCUUCUUACUUUCUCCUCAACUACUCUUUUCUCCAUAAAAAUAGAGUCAAAAUUUCUUUGUGACAUCUGCUGAUAAGCUGACUCUCUAUAUUAAUUUUAAUCCCUUUUAAACAUGUGACAACUAACCCCAAAAUGACUGAGACAUGUUGCCCCAAACUAUCAUGUUUGCUAAUUCUGGCUCUAGUGUAAAGUUCGCUUAAAACAGAACAAUGACUGAUGUAUGACAGGAUGCCUUAAUCUCUCCUCUAACAAGUCCACAUGUAUCACUGCUAGGAUUUUAAUCUGGAAGAAGCUCAUUUUAAAAUAAAUCAAGUUAAAAUAUUUUACUUUGAGUUUGGCAAAAUGGUUAAUUGGUGCUCAUCUCAGCUCACGAUGUGCUCCUAUCUUCUCAGACAGGACAUGACCCCUGACCAUUUAAAGAAAUAAAACUAGUAUUCCACUGUUUAGUUGCGCCCUCUGGUGGCAAAGAUAAUUGCAAUAUGACAACUUACCAUGUGACAACAAGCCCUGGUCUCCCUUGCUGUAUGUAUGUAGGUGUGUAUACAAAAUUACAGUCAUUUUAAUAAUGUUGAAUAUAUUAAUUCUAACAGCACAAAACACUGUAUGUUGAUAAACUUAUGAGAACCACAUUGAAGAAGCCUGCAAAAAAUGGAAGGUAUGUGAAUUUACAUCUGCACACAAGUAGGCUACAACAAGUCUGAUUUUUUUUUAAAUAAACAAUGAACCAAGGGAAUUUGUCUCAGUAUUACAAUCCACAGUUGCUCCAGUAGAAGGGAAGGUACGUCGAAGUGUACCAAGCCUGCCAGCCAUCAUGCCAGACAGGCUAAAAACAUCUAAAACUCUGGCAGAAAAAGCAGUAAAGGUAAUUUAUGUACAAGGCAGUCCACCCUACAUGCCUUUGUCUUAUGUGCUUUGAGUCCUGCUUGAUCUUCCUUCUCUUUCUUUUACACUUUUUUUUAGUCAAGAAAAGUGUUUUCAGUGCAGGGACCUUAUCCUGUGAUCCGUGCUGCCUUAUGGGCCAGAGGGUGGGUCGAGCGUCGUUUGCCCAAUCUUGUAAAGAGAGUACCUCGUUGCCUUGGCGAUGAAGAGGAGGAUGGAGAUGAUGGUGAUAUUUUUGCAGAUAUUAUUGCUACUGGCAUUACAAUCAAUCUGGCAUUUAUGUGUCUUCUAUAUGGAUUAUCAAACCAUAAACACAACUGAAACCUGAGCACAGUAAAAGCCUAUGAUAAGACAACAGAAAUAGCUACAUAAAUGAAGGGAACAAAGCGCUUUUUGUUCUGUUGGCACAAAAUAUAGUUAUAGUUAUACACACCUUAAAAAUCAAAAGCCUGUUCUUAAUUAAAUAUAAUUUUUUUUUUUUAAUUUAGUGAUUUAUCUUCAUCUGUAAAAGAAGUCAAAACUGUAAAUUGCUGGAGGUCCUCUGUGCGUCAUUGGAGCUCCUGUUUACAUAUAAUUAUUUACCAAGUAAAUGAUGAAUUGUUUUGGGUAUCAAAUUACAACAUCAUUGUAUAUGUAAUACCGGUGAGAUAGGCAGACAUGCAGCCAGAAGAGGUGCAUUUUUAUGUGUUUGUGCCAUAGACUGUAUAUAUAAUGGACUUCGCCUGCCUCUUCGCUGCAGGGUGAAGCCUCCGUGAGAACAGCACCAUCUAAUGACGGGCUGUCGUAUAGGUCAUAAAUCCCACCUUCUCCAGCAAACCUUAUGGAGUUGUGGACAAACUUUAGAAAUUAUUUACAUGAAAUAUAAAAAUUUCUCCCCCCUGGUUGCGAUGUUGACAUGUAGUUACUGUCAGACUGGUUUGUGCUCAAGUCCUCUUUUUUCUGUACAGCUCUAUUUUUAAAAGCUAUUAGAGGUUCAUGUUUUCUAUGAUUGACACUUGAUACAGCCAAUGGGGUACGAAGAUUGUGGAUCUCAUCCAGGGGAUACGCUGUUUGAGCAGAGUGACUCUCCUGCUGAAUGCUUAUGUUACUGCACAAGUGGUGGUUUCAGGAAGUGGAAAGAAUCCCUGAAAUCCUGAGAGCAAUUUGGCUUCAAAUUUGUUUAAUAACAGAAGGCGGAGCCAGGUUGUCCAUAGUAUAUAUAGUCUAUUUUUUGUGUACCUUACUUUUUGUAAGAAAAAGGGCUUGUGCCUUUUUUGGCUGUGACCCAUUGUAAUGAUGACAGUUGACAAAUUCUGCUGAAUCUAAAGUAUGGAAAUGGCUCAUUCAAAUUACAAAACCCAAUUCCAUUGAAGUUAAUACGUAAAACGUAUACGUAAACGUUGAAACGUAAAUAAAAACAGAAUACAAUGAUUUGCAAAUCCUUUUCAACCUAUAUUCAAUUGAAUACACUACAAAGACAAGAUAUUUAAUGUUCAAAUCCAUAAACUCUAUAUUUUUUUUGGCAAAUAAUAAUUAACUCAGAAUUUCAUGGCUGCAACACGUGCCAAAGUAGUUGGGACAGGGGCAUGUUUACCACUGUGUUACAUCACCUUUCCUUUUAACAACACUCAAUAAACCUUUGGGAACUGAGGAGACUAAUUGUUAAAGAUUUGACGGUGGAAUUCUUUCCCAUUCUUGCUUGAUGUACAGCUUCAGUUGUUCAACAGUCCGGGGUCUUCAUUGUCGUAUUUUACGCUUCAUAAUGCACCACACAUUUUCAAUGGGAGACAAGUCUGGACUGCAGGCAGGCCAGUCGAGUACCCGCACUCUUUUACUUUGGAGCCACGCUGUUGUAACACGUGCAGAAUGUGGCUUGGCAUUGUCUUGCUGAAAUAAGCAGGGGCGUCCAUUAAGUGGCGUCCAAAAGACAUUGCUUGGAUGGCAGCAUAUGUUGCUCCAAAACCUGUAUGUACCUUUCAGCAUUAAUGUUGCCUUCACAGAUAUGUAAGUUACCCAUGCCUUGGGCACUAAUGAACCCCCAUACCAUCACAGAUGCUGGCUUUUGAACUUUGAGUCGAUAACAGUCCAGAUGGCUCUUUUCCUCUUUGGCCCGGAGGACACAACGUCCAAUAUUUCCAAAAACAAUUACAAAUGUAGACUCGUCAGACCACAGAACACUUUUCCACUUAGCAUCAGUCCAUCUUAGAUGAGCUCGGGCCCAGAAGAAGCCGGCGGCGUUUCUGGAUGUUGUUGAUAAAUGGCUUUCACUUUGCAUAGUAGAGUUUUAACUUGCACUUACAGAUGUAGUGACAAACUGUAUUUACUGAGGGUUAGAAGGUCACAGGCAUUUAAUGUACUUACGUACAGUGAUUUCUCCAGAUUCUCUGAACCUUCUGAUGAUAUUAUGGACCGUAGAUGUUGAAAUCCCUACAUUCCUUGCAAUUGUACUUUGAGAAACGUUGUUCUUAAACUGUUCGACCAUUUGCUCACGCAGUUGUUCACAAAGUGGUGAACCUCACCCCAUCCUUGUUUGUGAAUGACUGAGAAUUUUUGGGGAAGCUGCUUUUAUACCCAAUCCCAAUAGCCAAUCAUGGCACCCACCUGUUGCCAAUUAGCCUGCUCACCUGUGGGGUGUUCUAAAUAGGUGUUUGAUGAGCAUUCCUCAAAUUUCUCAGUAUUUUUCGCCACCUUUCCCAACUUCUGUGGCAAGUGUUGCAGCCAUGAAAUUCUGAGUUAAUUAUUAUUUGCAAAAUAAAAAUAAAGUUUAUGAGUUUGAACAUUAAAUAUCUUGUCUUUGUAGUGUAUUCAAUUGAAUAUAGGUUGAAAUUAAUUUGCAAAUCGAUAUAUUCUGUUUUUAUUUACGUUUAUCACAAUUUCCCAACUGCAAUGGCAUUGGGUUUUGUAUAUGAGAGAACUAUUAAUUGUCAUGUUUUGUUUUUCAACCACCAUAAGUAACGAGUUUGCUUUAGAUAAAUAUUUCAGUGUUUCUCAGUGUCAUAAAAGUAGCUAUUUCAGGAAUUAGUUUACUCAAGAAUUUGUAAAUAAAUCAAGCUUUUGUGGGUUUUAGCCCCUGCCCCUCUAAAAUCCUCUGCAAGCCCCUGCCUAUGAAUUACAUUGACCCCAACCCUUUUAUGACAUGCUUUUAUGUGAGCCAGCCAACUUGUGCAAGUACCCCUUCUCUACUCAACUAUUUACAGACAGAGAGGAUGAAGGCAAGAAAGAAGAGAACCUGGAUGACAUGUACGACUUCAUGGUAAGAAAAAGUUGCAUUUUAUGAGUUAUUCUUGUUUUUAUGGCUUCUUCAAAAUAGUCUCACUUACUUACUGAUGGUUCUCAAAGCUAAAAUGACAGUGAAUAAUAGUCUCCUAAAAAUGCCAUAAAAUAGAGAACCUAUUAAGAGCCAAAAGAGAAAUCACAAAUAUUAACUACUCUUUCGUAUUUUUACAAAAUGUAACUGUUUUUUUAGUGCAACUUUUAUUUUUUUCUUACCUUCAAGGGUUACUUAUAUUAGUGUGUGUUACAUCAGUAACUAGCGUAUAUCCACAGAUUAACUCAUAGCUUCAUGCAAACUUCUCUGAACUGUAUGGACUUAAUCUCUCAGUUGUAUAAAAACAUCACUGAAAUGAUCAGUUUCAGCCAUCUCCUCCUCUCCUUCUUAUCGCAUGGAUGUCAGAAAAAAAACUCUUGAUCAUCUUCUUAGAGUCUGAUCUGUUAAAUAUCUAAUGCCUUAGAAAUUACUUUAAAAAAAAGAAGUCAGGUAAAAUCAAAAGUCAUUUAUUUAGGAUCUCAGGGCAUGAAUAUCCAUAUAAGAGUGACCUAAUAUUCAUGUCAUUAUUGAUGAUAGCUACACACUUCGCUGUGUGUGUUAAAAUAUGUGACAAAUAAACAGAAAGUUUGAAUAUUUCAAGAGGGCAUCCACCAGCUGUGAAAGUUUAUUCUGGGUGGAUUUGAAUGACUAAGACAGAGGUGGAAGCAUCUUUGUUAUAAAAGUGUUGCAGAUGGAGAUGUGCCAAAAAAAAACUGUCCUUCAAAGGAUUUACUGGGCUUAAUCCCUGGUUUCAGUUUUGAAUCCCUAGUUUAGAGUCAAUCAGAGACAAAAACUGCUCAAGGACUUUAAUUUAUUUGUUUACUGGCAGGUUGCUUAAGGGUCAUGACCUGUCAAACAAGAUAGAAUUGAGUUGUCCGUCCCCUCUUCCAAACCUGUCCACUUUUUGCUUAAGGUGAUAUCAUCAAAAAGGUACUUCACAAACUAGAGGGUUAAAUAAUGUCUGUGACAUCUGCCUUAAGGAUAAAUUAUAAAGAUUAAACUGUUAUAAAGAUUUAUUUUGGGGGACGGUCUCCACAAGGUGGCAGUCUUUCUUAUCAACAGGACAAGAAUAAAAUGGUUUGAGGAUGGUGAAAAACAGUGUCUGGUCUUUUAGGAGUGAAUCUAAGUUAUUUCAAGGCUGGUGGUUGAAAAAAGAAACAUUGUUGAACACUGAAUGUGAGCCUUGUCUUUGACUUGCCCUCUAUCUGUUUAUAUAUAUGAGGGUUUAUCUAUGUUGGAUUUCUUGUCAACUGCUAUUUUAAAAACUGCAAGAUACAAAGAGUUAAAACAAAAUACUUGUUCAAUUACACACAGUCUCAGAAAAAAAGAAAAACGGAUUGAUAGUACAACAAUCAGCCAAGCAGAUGAUUUCUAAUUAUUUCUUUGGAGGGAGGUUAUUAAUCAUUCAUCUCACAGAUCUUAAAAGUCUGUAGUCCCUUUAACCCUAUUACCAUGUCCAACUCCAUCACGUUGAGUUCAACUCUGUUAUUUAACAGGUUUUAAAUAAAUGUUUAGACAUCUGUUCAAGAUACACCUCAUGGAUGCACUGGGACGCAUCAUCAGUGAUGUAUCCUGGGGUCAUCGGGUGUUUCGGGUCUCGCAACAUCAUACACACUCACCCAGGUGACCCAGCCGGGGGUGAUCAAGCCCCGACUUGCGUCCCAGUAGCAGCCCACGGAUCUGCCCUCUUCAUCCAAAGCCACCUGGAGGCCUUCUCGGCAGCUUCGCUUGCAGACUUGAUGGCCCUCUUCUUUGCCACUCCUAUGAUGCCCAGGUGACUGAGGACCUUGCACAGAGACCGCCCUGUAAAUCCCCCGCAGCCUACCUCUAUGGGCUCGUAGAACAUCUUCCAGCCUCCCCCCUGCAAUCCUCCACCAGUUCCUGGUACUUAGCCCUCUUCCUCUUAUUGGCUUCCUCCAUGUAUUCUUCCCAGGGCACUUUCAACUCCAGUAUGAUCAGCUGUUUCGAAGACUGAGAGGCCAUGAUCAUAUCUGGGCGGAGGGUUGUUGUUGCGAUGUGCUGGGGGAACCUCAGCUGCUUACCCAGGUCGAUCUGCAGCUGCCAGUCAGAUGCUGUGUGGAGUAGGCCUGUUGUUGCAUGUUGGUUUGCUCUGGGUUUUUCUCCAGCUUUAACAAAGGAGAUUGCCUUCUUUGGAGCAUGACGGUUCUUGCUGGAGCUGAUGGAUGAGGCUACGCUCUCAGCGACUGCCUUAAGCACCUGGUCAUGGCGCCAGCAAUAGCGGCCAUCUGCCAGAGUCUUCAGGCAGCCGCUGAGGAGGUGUUCUAAAGAGCCUCCACCAGAGCACAGUGGGCAGGAAGGUGUCUCACUUUUCCCCCACACAUGGAGGUUCGCUGGGCUUGGCAGGGCAUCGUAGACAAUUUGCACCAGGAAGCGGACCCGCUGGAAAUUUGGCUGCAAGAUGUUUGUCCAGGUGAUCCUGCGCUGUAGUGCGCUCUCCCACCUUGUCCAUGCUCCCUGUUGCCGUAGUCCUACUGCCCUGCUCACCCGCUCUUCCUCCACACCCACUCUGACUUCCUCCUGGAUCAGGUGGUGCCUUUCCUUCCCACGGGUCUGGCUGAUGAGGAUCCUUGGGAAGUAACCCAGGCUUGCUCUGCCUGUUGCCACAGUGCCUAUCAGUGCCUUCUGUCUUAGGUGUGACUCUGCCAGCUCCACUGCUUCCCAUGCCUUCCACUUCCUUCCUGUCCUCACCUCGAUGCUGGCUGCUGACACUUUGCAGUCCUUUGAGUCCCUGUAUUGUAGAGCUUCUCUGGUGCGUGCCACCAUGAACUCUUCUGUGAGACCACUGAGAGGAAGCUGCAGGAUGUUAUUCGUUCCAUACAGGGCAGCGCUGGUAUGGCUGCGAGGAAGUCCUAGCCACUUUCAAAGAAAGCCGCUGAUCUUCCUUUCUAGGGAUUCAACUGCUGUCAUUGGGACUGCAUAAAUCAACAGGGGUCACAGGAUGCGGGGCAGGAUUGAAUGCUGGAAGAUCCAGGCUUUAAACCUACCAGGCAGGCCAGACUUGUCUACCUGGUGAGCCAGGUUCCAAGCUCUAAGCUGGCCUUCUGGAUGGUUACUGAGUCCUUCAGGGUGGAGUCGAAGAGUUUCCCCAAGCUCUUCACGAGUUGCUCUGUGAUGGUUGGGAUGACAGUUCCUGAGAUGGAAAAGCGGAACUUGUCAAUCACCGUCCCCUUCUUCAGCACCAUGGAUCAUGAUUUGAAGGGCUUAAAACUCAUCCUUGCCCAGGUGAUGAGCUUUUCGAGCCCUCGCAGGAUCCACCUGCACCCUGGGACCAACGUGGUUGUUACGGUGAGGUCAUCCAUAUAGGCUCUGAUGGGGGGUUGUCGCACACCUGACUUGGUCAGGGGCACUCUGCACUCCGCCUCGACUGACUUGACUACCAUGUUCAUGGCUAGGGAAAAGAGGACAACAGAGAUGGUGCAGCCUGUAAUUAUCCCUUUCCCAAUGCGAUGCCAGUCCGAUGUCUCUGACCCAGAAGUAACUCUCAUCCUAAAGUUAUUGUGGUAAUCCAGGAUGAGGUCCUUGAUCUUACUGGGAACAUGGUGGAGGUGGAGAGCGAGCUCAGCAGGGUCGCCUUUGUUCUCAUGGGCUUCUCUGAUGAGUUGCGUGACGAUCCCAGUGUGUUUCAAGCAGCCAGGAGCAGAGAUCCCUCCCUUCUGUACUGAUGGGUCAAUAUAUCUGUUCUUGAGGAGGAACUCGGUCAGUCUUCGUGAGACGAUGCUGAAAAACACCUUCCCUUCCACACUCAGCAGUGAGAUGGAUCGAAACUGACUAAUGUCUUGUGAGUUCUCCUCUUUGGGGAUCCAAACUCCCUCCACCUGCCUCCACUGGUCAGCCACUUUUCCCCUUCUCCAAAUCACCUUCAGGAUCCUCCACAGGUGCUGUAGAAGCUCCGGGCAGCGCUUGUAGACCAGAUAAGGAAUCCCACUGGGGCCUGGUGCUGACGCCGAGUGGGCUGCCUUGACGACCUCCUCAACCUCUUUGAGGCUUGGCUCCUUCAGGUUGAACUCCGUUGUUUGGGGGAUCUGGGCUGAUGAGAGCUUUGUUGGGCUCCAGUUCCAGGUCUCUCAAAGGAUCGCUCACUGUGUCCUGGAGGAAGUGAUUUACUUGCUCUAUAGAGCACUCUAGCCGACCACUGCGCUUGUCCCCUAGCAGUUGUCACUGCUUGGCACUGUCAACUCCAGUUGACAGUUGAUAUAUGAGGCAAAUGUUUGUCGAAUUGUUUUGUACAAUUAUCAUUAUAACUAUAAAAAAACCACGAAGGUCUUGAUCCAACCCCAUUUUCGUGCAAUAUGCAUGCAAAUGCUAAAUCAGUUUCUUCUAACCUGCUCAGGUGAUCAACUUGUUAAACUUUCAGAAGAAAGGUUCCUUUAAGUGUAACUGUUACUUAAAGGGGAAAACACAAAAUCAAGUUUUAGAGUUUAUUUUUCAUUUCAAACUUCAAACAUUAGGUCCAAGUUUUUGCUGUUACAAGGUGGAACUCAAAACAGCUUUGGGUGAGAAAAAAUUGUCUGGCUAUGAUCAGAUAUCAAUGCCUGAGGUGGGAAAAUGUAUGAUCUCAAAGUCCUCAUUUGUCCACUUACAGAUGCAGUGGUUAAAAAAAGAGAAAUAUAACUAAUCACAGUUUUUCUCCACUGUUUUUUUUUUUUGGGGGGGGGGACCUAAUACAGCUUAUCUAACAUUUUCUUUGUUUUUCUAGUCACGCCUUGUUCGAAACGAAACAACAUAUUUCUACUGGACAGUACGCCGGGAUUACAUAGACUGUCGCUUCCUACAGAGUGACCAAAUGACUAACCACUAUGCAAACUCUGGAGCAUUUACAACCAAGGUCCUGUCUCUAAAGAAAAUAUUCAUAAAUGACAUGAAGCUGUUCACUUUCUCCUGAGGUCAGAUUGUGCUCCCUGUAUAUUUUUAUCUCUUAGGUGGGACUGUGUGUGAACUUGCGUAACCUCAGGUGGUUUGAUGCAGCAGAUCCCGACACCUUCUUCCCAAGAUGCUACAGGCUUGGGGCUGAGGAUGAAAAGCAUGCAUUCAAAGGUCUGUGGUAUUUCUUCAUUAACAUGUAGUCAAAGUUGUGCUCUAUAAUAAAUGGGAUCAUGUAAAGGGGAAACUACAUCUGAAUAACAGAUGACAGAAGUUAUGAGUGUAAAUGGGGGCCAUGCAUUAUAAAUAGACAGAAAGAAGUCAAUGAUAGGUAAAGAUGUUUUCAUCUAAAACUGAAUUAUAUGGCCUGUGUUUCCUUUGGAUUUGUUCCCUUUUGUUCUUCUUCUACAUCAUGAAGAGGAUUUUAGGAGGACAGCAUGCACCAGUCUGUUGCAGCACGUCGUUGAAACAAGUAAAUGCAAGCAAGACGGGGUAAAAGGUGAGGAAAAUACAAAACCAUCACCUCUGAUGGAAAAGUGAAACUCUCACAAACGUGCCUUUAAAAACAGGACUAUUAUUUGAAGUGUAACACUUUGUGUGACAAUCCUUUUUUCUCCUCAGACUUGAAUGAUGGUCAUCAACAAUUUGUUGCUCCGAGAAUUAUCAACUUGGCCCUUCAUGUUUGUGAGGAGUUUCUUGGUGUUUUGGAGCACAGUGACAUUGAUGUGACCGUAGGAACGCCUCCUUCAGUGGGGGAAGGGCGCUGGGAAGAGUUCCUGCAAGAUUACUACAAGGUUGUGCAGUGAGUAUGGUUCACCCUAGGGCUUCAGGGAGUGUCUUUCCUUGCUCUGAUGAAAUUAAUCUGCUGUAAUGAUUUUAUGUUAAGAGCCGGUAAAUCGUCACAUGUAACUGAGUGACACAAACUCAUGUUAGGAGAGUUUGUGAAGUGAAGUUCAUGUCAGGACACAGCUAAAUCAGGAGUCAGUUAUGUAGACAGCAUGUUCCAGUUACACACUGCUGUGUAAACAAAUACCAAGGAUGAUAACACAUGCUAAUAUAUUUAGUGCUCAACCUUGGUAGACAUUAAACAGGAAUGUGAUACAGUGUAUCAGUGUGCCAUUUUUAGGUCAAACGUUGUGUAAGUUUAUGUCCUUUACUAAAACUUUUAGAACAUCACAAUCUCAGUUACAUUAAAACUAGCAAAUCUACAUUUUGUUGUUCUACUUGGUGAACUGUUUGUCUGAAAGUUCAGGAUUUUUUAAUUUUUUGCCCAUAAGUGAGUGACUGGUCUUUUUUUACCUUUUCUUAAUAUAAAGUACAAUAUGCAAGUUAGGGUUAGGAUUAGGGUUAGUGUUAGAGUCAGGGUUAGGGUUAGGGUUAGGAUUAGAGUCGGGGUUAGGGUUAGGGUUAGGGUUAGGGUUAGGGGAUAGGGGAUAGGGUUAAGGUCAUGGGUUAGAGUCAGGGUUAGGGUUAGGGUUAGGGUUAGGGUUAGGAUUAGAGUCAGGGUUAGGGUUAGGGUUAGGGUCAUGGGUUAGAGUCAGGGUUAGGGUUAGGGUCAACAAACAUCUGCAGGUAUUAACACAAAAUUCUUUCAUGCAUAUUUCUUUAAAAUAUGGACACAUAAGAGUUUUUCCAGACCCAUCACUGAGAUUAAUAUCAAAGCAUGAUAUUAAGAUAAGGAAAAUCUUUUGUUAAAGUUGGUCUGUGAUACAUGUGUUUGUAUGCAGUGAAGGUGCUUUGAUCAGGGGCAGCAGUGCAUUUGUGGAGCGCUGCCAAGCAAUGUUAAUCAGGCUACAGGAAGUCUGCCCUCAGCUGGAUACAGAUGGACUCCACAACAUCUGGAUCAUCAAACCAGGUGCUAUGUCAAGAGGACGAGGUGUGUUUUAUUUUUUUAUUUUUUGUCAGAUUUUUUUUUAUUUUAUUUUUUUUGUUUGAACAGUGGGAGUUGCAUAAUUCUCAAUCAUGUAUAUAUAUAUAUAUAUAUAUAUAUAUAUAUAUAUAUAUAUAUAUAUUUUUUUUUUUUUUUUUUUUUUUUUUUCUUUGAACUGAGUUUUCUACAGUCCAAAGAGCCCUAAAAAACAGUCCUCUUUUUCUCAUAGAUUUUGUAUUUUUUUCUGUAUUUGAUGUUGGGUGAAAGGUUUGCAAUCACAAUCUUUCCAAAUUCUUUUUUCUAACUUCUAACUUUUUAGUCUUUUGGUUAUGUUAUUCUAGUUUUCUCCACUGUCAGACAUGAGGUACAAAGUUGUUUUAUUUUUUGAAUAUUAUGCUUACAGAUUAUCCAUGGUAUGAUGACAUUGCGCUUCUUACUUAGUCACAAAGUUGUAAUUUUGUAAGAUCAAAAUACCUGAAAUUCUCUUGGCCGUAGAACAGUGAAAAAUCUGUACCUAGUUUGUAUAAAAUGUUUUUACAUAUCAAAACCACCUCCCAGGUAUAAUGUGUAUGAAUCGCCUGGAUGAGAUUUUGGCCUUUGUGGAAAGUGACAGAGCCCCAAAUAAAGAGAGUAAGUGGGUGAUCCAAAAGUACCUGGAACGCCCCUUGUUGGUCCAUGGCACCAAGUUUGACCUCCGUCAGUGGUUUCUUGUCACUGACUGGAACCCUCUGACUGUCUGGUUCUACAUGGAGUGCUACCUGCGCUUCUCAACUCAGCCUUACUCAACAAAGUCCCUGGACAGGUCAGACCCAAAAACAAACAUGGUCAUAAUAAACCUUUGCUGUAUCUCGUGUCUACUAUCCUUUGGAGGGUCUUUGGAAAUACAUGUUUUGAUCAUAUUUUACACUAACCACCAAGUUUUGAUUCUCAGCUCAGUCCACCUGUGCAACAACUCUGUUCAGAAGCACUUCCAGCCAUCCUGUUACCGCCAUCCAGAAAUACCUGAGGACAACAUGUGGUCCUGCUCUCAGUUCAAAGCUUUUCUGCAGAGACAAGGCCUAGGGGAAAAGUGGGAGGCAGUGGUUGUCCCAGGUAUGCAGAAAGCAGUGGUCAGAGCCCUGCAGACAGCUCAGGAUGUGGUCGAGCCCCGCAAGACAAGCUUUGAGCUCUAUGGAGCGGACUUCAUGUUAGGCAGGGAUCUGAGGCCCUGGCUCCUGGAGAUUAACUCUAGUCCCACUAUGGCCUGUUCCACGACAGUGACUGCUCGUCUGUGCCCCGCUGUGCAGCUGGAUACACUGAGGGUUGUGCUCGACCGAAGGACUGAUCCCAGUGCUUACACAGGGGGCUUUCAGAUGAUCUACAAACAGGUCAGUAUACCUGUACCCGGGUGGAGCUUUUGGAUUGCUCAGUUGUUUUCGCAAGGUGCAAAUUAUUUUUGACACAACAUUGUUGGUAUUUUUUUUUUAUCAACAAUUCUGCCAAAUGAAAUUCUGCCAUUUGAAAAUAAUGUUUUCAAAUGUACAAGAAAGGGAAAAUUACUGAAGUUAAUUUCAGAUUAUUACCCUUACCUGAUACUUUCCAGUUAUCAGACUAAUGUGACCAUGUAAACACACUGUAUAAUGACAACGCUCACACACAGAUCCUGCCUGCAACAGUUUACUUCUAGACCAUGGAUGUAAAGAGGCUUGUUUAAACAGGCCUCCUCUUCACCAUCCUCCUCUUCCUCAUGUUUGGCAUUACAAUCUCUGUGACUGGAAUAAGCAAUCUGUUAGAGUUGAGUUUAACUUAAUCUAAUAUCCUCCUGUCUAAUCAUAAGCUAACGAGCUCAUGAGCAAAAACUUUUUAUAAUUCACCAAAAUAACAUGACACUUUAACUCCUGAACUGUAAUAAGGGCAACAUAUGUUGUUACAAACAAGGAGCAGACUUGGGCUAAGGUGACCCGUAAAUAGAGUUUCAAGACAAGCAGCAAACGCCAAUGGUCAUUAAUACCUACUGUAUGUCACCUGAUUUUCACUUUAUCAAUUCAAAUACACUGAUUUAUUUAGAUAAAACUCAGAUCAUUAUCUGAAUAUGGUAUAGUUUUGGUUUUAUUAACUUUUUCAGAACAAAAUCAAAACAAGUGGGUCACAGAGGGCUCAGACCCUGCUAGCCUGGGGCCUUUACUACCUUUACGGGCCUUUAUUACCCUUAUUUUACAUUAUCUUAUUUUAUUAUCUAUGUAUUUAUUUCUCUUCCUCUUUUAUCUGUCCUCUAUUCAUCUUCUUCCUUUUCACCAUCCUGAUGAGAUGCUAUCAACCAACUGCCAGUCUUUAACUGUCCAUUUUUAACUGUCAAUUUUCAUUUGUCUGUUUCUGCCUUUGUUUGCUUCCUCUAUUAAAGCACUUUGUAAACAUCUGUUUUUAAAGGUGCUAUAUAAAUAAAGUUAUUGUUGUUAUUAUUAUUAUUAUUAUUUACAUGUUAAUUAUUAGUGGAAUUCUGCUUAAUAAUGCUUUACCAUCUCAUUUCUUUCUGUUCUACUGCACUACACUUCUAGGCUGCAGUUGAAGUUCCUCAGUAUAAGGGAGUAUACCUGCUGGUAGAGGGGGCUUCGAUGAGGCAAUCCAGACCUCCACUUCACAGGAAAAUUGUCACAUCUAACCCACAUCUCAAAAUCCUGUCAUCAUCAGACACAUCAUCCGAAGGUGAUGAAACGGCACAUCAUAAAUCAGGUCAGAGGUCCUCCAAAGUCUCUUCUUCCCUCCGUUCAGGCAAGGAGAACCAAACUUCUGGAGAGAAAAAGAGGCAGCUGACACGGACAUCUCCUAAAAGAGGAGGCAAAGUGAGAGCAGAAGGUCACAUCGCCUCCAGCGUGCGCAGGUUCAGCUGCAGCUCAACAUCUGAACAGCCUUUGUUGGUCCACAUUGAACCUAAGAAGAAAACCAUGUGUUUGGGUUUGAAUCUCGGUGCCAAAGGAGAGACUCUUGUCCCGACGAGUCUUUCCUUUCCCCUGAGACCCCAUCGCAGCACAUUAUCUUGUCGUUCUCAGCCCAAUCCAGGUCAAAGAGUGCACAUUCUCCGAUCCAGUCUACCUCAGACAAUGUGUAAACCACGAUACUACACUUCUACUCGGGUUUUUCCUCCUCUUCAGGGUCCCCUUCCUAUCCUGGAGGUUUUGAGCUUGAGACCAAAUGUUGUCAACAAAACUACCUCACGUCUUUCUGAGAACUCCACCAAACCAUGA